GUCUUAGAGGGCGGGACGUUUUUAAAUUCGUCCACCCUGGAUUUGACUGUUGACAAAUCUCGCAGCAAACGUUUCUAAAAGGUGCCCUUUUAUACAGGAAUUCCAUAUACUGCAGAUGUAACAAUGUCUUCAAAAAUACCAAGAGGGAUGCAUUUACCCACGGAAACAAAGAAACCUGGUCAUAAAGUUGAAUCCAGAGACACAGGAACAAAUGCCAACCAAAAAUCAGAUGGUGCCCUUAAACCUCAGAAAGAAAACGUGCCAAGAAAAAAUGUAGUUCCCAAAGUUCACAAAGGGGUUUCCACUCGUUAUGGGCAACAAGCAGAGCUAAAGGAGCAAAAUCAGCAUUUGAUUGCCACUAAUGAGGAGCUGCAGAAAAACCUUGCAGACACACAGCAAAGAGUGGCUGAGUUAGAGCUACAGUUCAGUGACCUUGAGAAGGAAAAUGCAGAGGUACAGAAAAACCUGAAAGACUGCCAUGUGCUCCUUGUUGCUGCUAAAAUAGAUCCAGUUCUAGGAGAACGUGUAGGAGAAGCUGCACAGCAAAAUGAAGAGCAAAGAAAAGAAGUUAUGAGCGUCUCUUCUGACCUCCUGCAUGAAUUAAAAACAUUUGGAGACAUUGCAUCCCAGCAACGAGCUCGAUUAGAGGAAAUCCAAACAACAAUGACGGAGCUCGCAAGAGCACGGGAACAGAUGAUGCAGGAAAGAGAGAACUUUUCCCUGGAGGCAGCUGAGAUGGAACAAGUUCUCAAAGAAGCUGAAGCUCUCCUGAUGUAAAAGUUUAAAUAAUUUCCCACCUUAAAAUGUUUAAAGAAAUGUGAAUAUUGUUGUAUUUUUUGUUUUAGUAAGUGUGAAUAAAUUUAAAUGAAGGGUUCAUAUUUCCUUAUUGUUCUUAGCUAUCUUAAUUUACGAACAUUACAACAUACUGACCCCUUUAUCCAAGUUCAUAAAUGUAUAAUAGAGUAACUUUCAUGUCAGUAUUUAUGUAUUUUCAGUUUUUCCAUUUGAAAUUUAUCUGGAAUUAUAAUAUGCAUACUGAAGCAUUAAAACUGUAAUUUAAAAGCAAUUUCCCUCAUGAUUGAACAGUUUCCAAGCUUUAAACAUUACCUGUUAUAUUACAUAUAUUUACAGUUUCCAUCUAAGACUUCAUACUAAUUUGCAGUAUGAAAAAGCUUAUAAUUACACUCUUAAUUACUCUUACAUAAAAUUGUAAAUAAAAAAAAUAAAACUGAGGCUUUUCAAAAACAA